AUGGCCGCGUCGGGGUCCGGGUCCGUGUCCGGCCAGAUCCAGCCGCUCAAGAUCCCCGACGCCGUCGUCGCGCUCGCCCAGGCCGCCGCCAAGGCCAACAACAACAGCAGCAGCAACAGCGCCGCCGCCGCCGACGCCACCGACAAAUAUCUCCCCGGGUGGCCGCUCUUCUCGCCGCCCAAGAUGCAGCUGACCAAGUGCGCCAAGUGCCCCCGGGAGUUCUGCUCCUCCGUCGCCCUCCGCCGCCACACCCGCGUUCACCGCCGCGCCCUCAAGAUCGACAAGGAUUUCCCCAAGAACAGAGACCACCUUGCCGCAUUCUGGGAUAAACUCACGGUGGGCCAGGCCCAAGCGAUACUGUCCCUGGAGGGCGUGGCUAUAGAGGAGACCAGCGCUUUAUUCAUUUUGACAUCAUUGUCGUCGUGGAUGUGCAAGCCAGGGUACGCUUCGUUGCCGCUGCCAUAUGCCAGAGCCGGCAAUGAACUCCUGGACCUUAUUCAGACAGCAGCCUCAAGACUACCCAUCUCAUCAAAUGAACUGUUUAUCAUGCUCGACGAAGCAAGCGAGAACACAUUUCUUUGUACCAACGCAGCCGACGCUGCCUGUGUUCAGAAGUUUUUGUUUGACGGGGAGGUUGAGAAGGUCGCAACAGAGUUGAAAAACGUUGUUGCGUGCACCAGUUACAUCCUUGAACAGAAGCUGGUCGAAGCAUGGUCUGCUGAUAAGGCCGCUGAAGCGUUAAGAUGCCAGAAGUUGCUAGUGGAGGAAGAGGACGCUGCUCAGAAAAGGCAAGCUGAAAUCAUGGAAAGGAAGCGGAUGAAGAAACUGAGACAGAAAGAACAGAGACUGAAAGACCUCAAGGACGAGGGUACCAUGGUCCAGUUACCUCAAGUGGUGGAUGCUGCGGCGAGCUCUCCUGGGAUCCAGAGUCUCGAGGCUACUUCUGGCCCUGGUCUCGACGAGCAAGGGGAUCCACAGUAUCUUCGACUGUCAGCACCAGUGCCGCCUUCAGAGGACAAUGGUUGCAAUGGAGAAGAUGCAAAUUGUGGUUCGGGACAAGAAAUGGAUACUGGUGCUGUUUUCAGGGAACAAGCCAUGGCAACAAGCAAUCUCGACAGGGUAGAAAACCAUCCCCCAAAUAGUACUGUCUCGGGUUCUUCCGCGACUGCCUCGAAGCAUCCAUCUUCAGUAAGGCACUCACGUCACAGGGAGCCGAAUGUCGGUGCAGCGACAAACAAAAGCAAGACCUGGGCAUGGAAGGUGCGAACUGGUGUUGAAGAACGGUGCCCAAAAGGCGAGCGAGAUGUAGAUGCUGACCAGGAGACCGCUCCUCUCAACACGGACAAGAACUCGCAAGUGCUAAUAGGAUCCAUAAGCGUCGCGAUCGAAGACGGUGGUGGAUGCUCGCAGGAUUCCAAGGAUUACCACCCAGCUCCUCCUGAAUCUAAUUUGAACACUCUGAACGAUCCAGUAGCUGAGGCGAUGCAGCCAGUCAGCCAUGAUGAGAACGCAUGCGAAGACGCUAAUGGUGGCACCAUUACACCGGCAGCAGAGGACCGUUCUCCAUCCAGUGUCGUGACAGAUGAGAGCGGUUCAGUCGGUGGCAACCCAGAGUCGGCAGAGGGCGUAGGCCUACGACAAGGCACCGUGUCUUCCGGUCAAGAAGCGAGGAAGAAUGUGUACCUGGGGAACCAAGAGGAGAGUCUGGGAACUAACAGUUAUCCUGGGAGUUUGGAAAGAGUUCACCGCAAUUUCUCCGGGACUGCCGACCGAUGA